UAUAAAAUGUCAUAUAGUCAUUUGUAAAAUGUAAAAUGUACCCAAGAAUGUAUCUUUAAACUUUAAAAACAUACCUAACAAAUGAAAAUAAUUUAUUGUAAUGUUAGUUUCUCUGAACUUUUAUGUUCUGAACUUCUCAAAUUAUUUUAAACUGUGGAAUUAAUUAAUAUGUUUAAUUCGUGAAAAAUCAAGAAAAGUUAAAUAGAAUGAAAUAAUUACAAUAUAAAAGGCUAUAUGGGUAAAAUGGGAUUUUAUAGAAAUUCUCAUGACAUAUUUCUUUAUGGCUUAAGAGCUUUUAGGAUACUUUUAAUUUUUGCACCCCAGAUUGGAUAUAUACAUCCAGAUGAGUAUUUUCAAUCGGUUGAAGUACUAGCAGGAAAAAUAUUUGAUGUAGAAAAUAGUCCACCUUGGGAAUUUAAUACCACUUUUCCGAUACGAGGCAUGACUAUUCCAUAUUUCACUACUGGAAUGAGCUAUAUUUUUCUAAGAGAUAUUAAUAAAUGGUCAUUGGAGUAUUUAUCACUGAAUGUAGUCACUCCAUAUUUUUUACUUAUGCUGCCUAGAUUUUUAGUAGGAUUAUUAUCAUUUCUAGUCGAUUAUUGUUUAUAUCAAAUAUGCUUAAAUAAUAAUGAAAAAUUCAAAACUAGACUUAUAGUUCUUAAUACAUCAUUUGUAAUUUUAGUUUUUGGUUCCAGGACAUUUUCUAAUAGCCUUGAAAUAAUAUUCUUUGCAUUAUUAUUGUAUUUUGUCUGUGAAAGUCAAACGUUUUCGAAUGAACUAUUACGGAAAAAGGAGUACCUAAAAUACAGAUAUGAUAAGAGUACUACUUGCAUUGAAAAAGCAAAAUUUCAUAAGUUAAAAUUGUAUCUGGUUUCGGAUACAUAUACAAAUGGAUUACUAAUAGCUACUAUAACUAUAUUUGGAAUAUUUAAUAGACCUACAUUUAUAGGAUUCGCUGUUGUACCUGUAUUUUUUUGGAUUUACAGGGGCACAGGGAUUAAUAGGGUUUCAGUAUUACAGUUUCAUUCUCGUAUUAUAUUCUUUGCCUUAUGUUGUAUACCAGCUCUUAUUUUUAAUAUCAUUAUUGAUUCUUUUUAUUAUGGUUAUAUUACGUGGGGUGAAAUUGGAAUGUUAGAUGUUUCAAUUAAUAAUUUUGUUGUUACGCCACUUAAUUUUAUUAGAUAUAAUGCACAAUCAAAAAAUUUAGCAAAACAUGGUCUACAUCCCCAAUAUUUACAUUUAUUGAUAAAUAUUCCUUUGCUCUUUAAUAUCUUGGGAAUUAGUGCUUUGCAUGCUCUGGGACAAUAUAUUUACUUAUUCUUUCGAAAACAGUUUCACUUGCUGCCGUCCAUCCGAAGUAUAAAAAUGGUGAUGAUAAUGUCCUUCAUUACACCGGUCUUACUGCUGUCAGUUUUCCCUCACCAGGAAGCACGAUUUAUAAUUCCCAUCGUAUUACCUCUGGUAUACCUGCAUGGUUUAAAUAUUUUACCGGAGAUGGAUAAAGCUGUGGUACGAGUACCAGAAUAUUCGCUUAAUGAGAAAAGUCAAACAACAACGGUCAAGAGAACUCGAUAUAUUUAUUUUAAAGUUUGGUUUGCUUUAAAUUUAUUGCUUGUGGUAUUUUUUGGUUUUGUUCAUCAAGGUGGUAUAUAUUCUGCAAUAAAUUAUCUAUAUAAAGAUAUCAAAUAUACAUCGCUUGACACCGAGUAUCACAUAAUAACCAGUCAUAUAUAUUCACUUCCAGAAUCGUUUCUCUUGCAAAGAAACAGUAAUAAGUUAUAUUACAAGGAUAACGUAAAAUAUUCAGUAAAAAAGAGGGUUUAUCUGUAUGAGGAAGGUUCCAAAGAUUUGCUUCUAGUUGUUAAUAAUUUAGAGAAGUUAGCGCAAGCAAGAGAUUUUUUGGCAAUUAAUAUUAAACAUUCGAAAAAAUAUAAACUUUAUUUGUUAAUAUCAAGUAGUCGAAAUAUUGAUUUAGAAAGAAUUUUAGAACGAAAAUAUAUAAAAUUUAAAAAGGUCGAUAACUUUUGGCCACAUAUUAGUACAGAGGCUUUUCCAGAUUAUACUCAUUACUGUUUUGAUAUUAUUUCGAUAUUUUUUGAUAAUUGUGAAAGUUUAUCUUUUUUGGAUUAUAUAAGGAAAAUACUUGAUCUAUCACAGUUGACAUUAUACGAAUUCGAAUAUACAAAAAGUACAAAUGAAACAACACUUAUUAGAUAAUAUUAACAUCAGAGAAAUAUAAUUUCUCUGAGAUGUCAAUCUAAAACUAUUGGAGCUGUGUGAAAUUGUAAAGAGAAUAGGGUUCAACACACAGACAACUGUUCAACAGAUGACUUACAUGACAGAAAAUAUAAUAAACUUUUGAGUUAACCUACUAAAUAACUUUGUCAUUGCCAUGGCAUAAACUGCUGCAAUUCUAGUUAUUUUGUUUAUGAAAAAGUUAUUUGCGGUGUUAGUACGGAAAGUGAUACUUUUUUGCACGAAUUAGGUAUAUGAUUUUUCCUAUGAGCUUGUGGAAAUUGCGUGUUUUAUAUUUUAUAAGUAGAGAUACAAAUGAAUUUAAUGUAUCGAGACAACGUAUAAUGCAUUAUACACCGUUACAUUUAUUAUUAAAUAACAUUUUACAUUUAUUCAUAAAUAACAAUCUUGAAUAUAUUGUCUUUGUAACUAAAAUCUGUCCAACGAGUCAGAAAAGACUUCGACAGACGGCAUGCAAAAAAUGACCGAAAAUACAAUUUAACUAUGAAAUAAAAUGACAGACAACUGUUACUGUCAUAUUAUCUCUUUGGACAGACUAUAUCGCGGGUGAUCUGGCAAAUGUUCCUAUCUACUGAAACAAUAACCUUACCGGAGGCAAUAGAAACGGUAUUUUCAAAAACGGAACGACUUAGAAGCUGGGCUAUUGAAAAUACAUUAUAAUGUAUGUUUUCUAUUAAAUACUAUUUAUUUGGAAGCAAUUAAAUUGUAAACUUGUUUAUUAAAUCAGAUAGGAUUUUUUGCUUUUGAUGAAAUGGCACAUAGGAUUAUUUGUAUUUUAGGAUUAUAAAGGAUAGGACGUUUUGCUUGUGGGAAAAGUAAGAUAGGAUAAUUUUCUUUCAUAGUUUUAUUAUGAAGAUAGGAGAAAUUGCUUCUUAAUAUCAUCUGAUUAUAGAUAGGAGCUUUUGCUUUUUAAUCAAAAUAAGUAGAUAAGAGUUUGUGUGACCAGAAUAACAGCUGGUUUCACAUAGGAGGUUUUCUUUUCUUUAAAUUGUGCCGUUAUUUUUUUUAUUUUCAGAUAUUACCUUUUGUCAAUACGUGCAUAAUGACUCAUAGAACGUUAUGCUAAAAUAAUCUCAAUUUUGAAAAAAAUGGCACAUAGGAGCAUUUGCCAGAUCACCCGCGAUAUAAGAUUAUGCUUUUGCAAUUAUAAGUAAAGAUUUGACAAAUGGUCAACUCAAUGCACUCAUCUCCGUCACGUAUGAAUCUCUUUCUCUAAUAUAGUAGGUAUAAGCUCGGUAGUUUUAGAUAUUGAUGAUUAGUUCAUACUUGAUAAUGGUCAGUGAUAAAUUUACGGCCAUAUAUCAUAGUAUAUUACGUAAUUACUUGUUAAUAGUAUAUUACACAUGAAUGAAAAAGCUGCGCACGAGAGGCGUAAUAGUAAACGUAGGCGUAAUAGUAAGUCUGGUUGACACGAGGUUUGUUCCAAUACAGAAAUUGGGACCGCCGGCAUCGGAUUUAUACGCAUAUGUCGAUUUGGACAGUUCUGUUACUAUACCAAAAAAUAUAAUAAAGUCCUCCUACUCUGGGUGUCAGCUCACCAAGAGAGAGAAGGCAACGAAAAAGCAAACGAUCUAGCUAGAAAAGGAACCAACACUCCACUGACUGGAUCAGAACUGUUCUGCUUUCCAAGUCGAAACCAACUUAAAGCGGAACUGAAGAACUCCCCAAUGCUCUAUGACACUCAAAGAAAUUUCCCAGAACAUACGAUCGAGAAAAAUCAAAGAUUUUUAUUGAAGAUUUUGAACAAUCUUCGAAAUGUAACGGGGAUUUUAAUAGGACAUUAUCUCCUGAACGAACGCCUUAAUAGAGUGAAGCUAAGAAACAACGGCGAAUGUAGAUUCUGUGAGGAAAAAUAGGGAAACACCAGAACACCUCAUCACUGAGUGGAGUGCGCCGAGACGACAACCAUUCGUGCCAUGAUGUUUGGUACGUAGGGAAACGUAAAGAAAACGACAAUCACUUGACACACAGUCUUAAUACGCAGGUUAAUUCUUUUGAUUCUUGUUUUUAGGUUGGUAUCGAAAUCAUCGUUCCGAACAUGGUUUACGAACGAUUACAAUUUUUGUAACGCAAAAGUUAUCGUUCGCUAAACUAUUUUCUCUACUACCUAUGUUGGAACAAACUUACGGCCAAAGUGUACGUGGAUCGAAUACACUUGGAUACUGCGCGCGUCUCACUUGGAUGCUGUUUGGAUCGAACCAACUGAUUUAAAAUCGGUUUAUACGAUCCAAGCUGCGCGCGGCGUCCAAGUUUAUUUGAUCCAAGUAUACUUGACAGUGUCAACUAGGCUUAAGCGAGAGCAGUAAUCCAUUUACAUAACGAAUUACGUACUAUACUUUACCUACACCCACAUUUAUCUAUACACUUAAAGCCGGAGUCCCAUGCAUCCGAAAUCCGAUGACACAACCUUAGAUUGACACAACGAUCCGACGGUGCUCCUAUUGGUGGAAAUAUUUUGACACCAAUUUUUAUCCGAUAUUUUUAACUAAUCGUCCGACGUCGUAUAAAGUUAAAUUUUGUUUAA